CCUGUCAAAACCACCUCCUCGAAGCCCUUAUUGCAGUGCGUCGCACAGCUUUCCAUGGUGGGCAUACACAAUGGAGUCUGAAAUAACAAAACUACUCUGCGCAAAUUAUGGAUCAAUGAAUGUCGAUGAAUUAACAGCCAACCUUUCUUUUGGCGAUUUCAGUGAGCUGUGGAAUGUGAUUGUCAAUCGAGAAAGAUUUUCUAUUGCAGUUGUUGACGGAGAGCGAACGCUUAUAGCAAAAACCACAGUUCGACUCUGUAUGUCCAAAGAUUGUCACGGGUGUAUCAAAUUACACCUAUGUAAACGAUUUUUAUUAGGAGUUUGUCACAGAUGUGUGUGUCGCUUUGGACAUGACCUCUUCACCGUUCAAAAUGCCAUGGUCCUGAGAGAAAAUGGUUUAAAGGACCUGGACAGAGAUGAACUUUGCACCUUGUUACUCUUGAAUGACAACUCACUUUUACCCCAUGUGUGUCACUCCUACAACAACGGUGUGGGAGAGUAUGGGAAGUGCCCUGAUGGUGAGAACUGCAGGAGGAUGCACAUCUGUGAGAACUAUCUCCGCGGCGCAUGCAGCUGUCCACGGGCGCAUGAUUUCUUCGAGCCCCACCCUCUGAAGACCCUGCAGGACAGAGGAGUCCCCAACCACAUCAUUGGACGCAUCAAGUCCAUCUACACCAGCAUCGAGGCUCUGAGACACCAGGAUCGGGCAGAACACGGCAAUCGCCAUCGACCAUCAGCCGGGGCCGCACGAGCAGACAACAGGGGACCGAACAGAGGGACGCAGAGGGGGAAAGAGAUAUGUUUGUUCUAUGUCAAGGGCAGCUGCAUACAUGGCGACAGGUGCUUUAAGGUCCACUCCACCCUGCCAUACCAGUGGGAGGUGAAAGAGGGGACGCAGUGGACAGCCCGACCCAACAACAAGGAGAUUGAGAAAGACUACUGUGACCCAUCAAAGACAUACAGUCAGGGACUGGAGCCGGUGUGUUUUGAUGACAUGACCUGCGACCUGAAUGCAGCCAGACGUCUGUCAACCAUCUCGUCCGUCCUCCAGCCCAACUUCAUCCUCACUACUGAGUGGCUGUGGUACUGGCAGGAUGAGUCUGGAAACUGGAUCCAGUAUGCUGCAGCAAGUGGAGCCCUCAGGACGGCCAGCAUCACCAGUGAGGAUCUGGAACAGAGGUUCCAAAGUGACGACAAGUCAGACAUGGACUUCACCGCAGGGUCUCAGAGCUACACUCUCAGUUUCAAAGACAUGAUGCAGACAAACAAGAAAUAUGGUACCAAAAGACCUGUGAGAAGACGGCCCAAAUUUGUGUCUUCGUCUGAUGCACAAACAAUCAAAACCAGCAAAAGAAUGCCCAACAAUCAAUCCAAUUUCAAAGCCUUACCAGGACACUGGGACAAGGGUCAAACUCCUGACACAGGAUUCAAGAAAGUUCUCCUCCAAACGUCAGCAUUUGAGUACAAAGAGAUGGAGCAGCUUUUCACCAGUACUGUCAGAGACCUACGCAUUCACAAGAUCGAGAGGAUUCAGAACCAAGCGCUUUGGGAGGUCUUUCAGUGGCAAAGAGAUCUGAUGAAGAAGAGCAAUGGAGGAAAUAAUCCAACAGAGAAGAAGCUCUUCCACGGCACAGACUCCAAGUACAUCGAUGCUAUCUGUCACAGCAACUUUGAUUGGAGGAUCUGUGGAACGCAUGGGACUGCAUUUGGAAAAGGGAGCUACUUUGCCAGGGAUGCCAAAUACUCUCACAGCUACACAGGCCAGUCAUCUGUCAAGUCCAUGUUCGUGUGUCGUGUGUUGGUGGGAGACUACACCAGAGGAGACUCCAGCUACCUCCGCCCUCCCUCCAAAGAUGGAGGAGACACCGUCUUCUACGACAGCUGUGUAGACAACGCAACAAACCCCUCCAUCUUUGUGGUGUUUGAGAAACACCAGGUCUACCCAGAAUACCUCAUCACGUAUGGCAAUCAUGUCCAGGACUUGCUAUACCAGCCAUACAACCAACCAGUCCCAGUGUCAUCCUCAGUGACCAUAAAGUAUAGUCCAAACCAGCUAUCCAGGCCCACCUCCCAUCCAGUCACACCUUCAGCUCUAGUUUCUGUCCCAGCCCCAUUCUUAGCUCCAGUACCUGAUCAACGUUCAACCCCAUCCCCAGCUCCAACCCUUGCAGGAGCCCCAGAUCUAUUCACAGCCUCAGUCCCAGCCCUUGCACGAGCCCUACAUCUAGUCUCAGUCCCAGCCCCAGAUCCAAGCCUUGCACGAGCCCCACAUCUAGUCAAAGCCCCAUUCUCAGCUCCAACCCUUGCACAAGCCCCACACCUGUUCACAACCCCACCCUCAGCCCCAGCCCUUGCACUAGCUGCACAUCUAGUCACAGCCUCAGCUCCAACCUUUGCACAAGCCUCACAUCUAGUAACAGCCCCAGCCUCAGCCCUUGCACGAGCCCCCCAUCUAGUCACAGCCCCAGCCUCAGCCCCAGGCCUUGCACGAGCCCCACAUUUAGUCACAGCCCCAGCUGCAACCCUUGCACGAGCCAAACUUCUAUUCCCAGCCCCAGCCUCAACUCGUGCACUUGCACAAGCCCCAGGCCCUGCCCCAGCCUUACGUACCACAGUGUCUCCCUCCCACGAUAGUCAGAUGGAGAAAGAUGCCCAGCUGGCCAGACGUCUCCAGCUGAUAUACAACUUUCUACCAACAGACUAAUUCUCAACAACAGCCUCAACCUCAGCCUCAGGUACCACAGAGUCCUCCCCCAACAAUAGUCAGAUAGAGCAAGAUGACGAGCAGCCCAGACUCAGACUGAGAUACAACGUUUUGUCCCGGACUUCAGCCCCAGACCCAAAGCCCUCUCGGGAUCCCUGGGAUUUUUUCAAGGGUUUUUAGGAAACAUCAACCAAAUCCAUGCCUCCAUGUUGUUUACAUUUUCAUUUUUGUGAUUUCAGGUGCAAUGAUGCUCUCAACGUGCCUAACUCUAUAUUAUGGAUUGUUGAAAUAAAUAUAAGUAAUCAAAUUAAAAUGCA